AUGCCUUCUCCAUUGACUUGUCAUAUUUUGGACACUGUGUCUGGGAAACCUGCCACUAAUGUUGUUUGUGCAGUGUAUAAAUUAGACCUCGAAAACGACACCAAUAAUGCUAUAAUUAAAGGCGAAACUCAAGUGGCAUUGGCCAAAACAAAUGAUGAUGGUAGAGUAACCGAAUGGGUAUUUGAACCUAGCCCUGCAAUGAGAUCUGAGCUGCGAAAUUUGGGGAUUCUGGAGAAAACUCCGGGGAAACUGGAAUGGGACACCUUACAGAAAGGGUUUUAUAAGAUCAGGUUCCACACAGGCAGCUACUUCAAGCAAAAAAAUGCGAAAAGCUUUUUCCCGUUUGUAGAUAUCGUGUUUGAGGUUUCUGACGCAAGACACUACCAUAUUCCACUUUUAUUGAGCAGUUAUGGUUACACUACGUAUCGUGGGUCAUGA